AUGACUGAGCCUGGUGUGAAGGAUGUCGUUGAAGGGCUUGUGGACGAAAAGACUAUUGAGCCAGUCGAGAUGAAGAUGGAUGCGACAACUAUCAAGCUGGUCGAAGUCGUCGCAACUAGCGGGACAGCUGUUGUAGCUGGUACAUCUGAUGUUGCCGGAGAGCCUGAUGUUGUGGCAAAUACCGAGCAAACUGAAGCUGUUGCCUAG